AUGCCCGCCCGUCUAUGGACCGAAAUCCACUUCGCCAAAAAGGCAGAACAGGAAUCCCGGAUCCCCGCAGAAUGGAAAUUAUCUCCCGAGUUCCUGGCUUCGCAUAAUGACGCGGUUGAUCUGCGUCCCCUUGCUGCCCUGAGCGGAAUCCUCACGGAGAAGGAUCUGGAGAUCACGGACGGGAAAUACGAUGCGACGGGUCUGGCGGAGAAGAUUGCCAGUGGUACCUACUCGGCGGAGGAGGUGGUGACGGCGUUCUGUAAGCGGGCGGCCAUUGCACAGCAGAUGUGUAAUUGUUUGACGGAGAUCAUGUUUCUGAACGCAAUUGAAGCGGCGAGGAAGUUAGAUGAGGAGAAGAAGAGGACGGGGAAAACAGUAGGUCCGUUGCAUGGGAUCCCAAUGACUUUCAAGGAAUGUUUCCAUGUCAAGGGCUACGAUGCUAGCGAUGGCUAUAUCUCCAGGGCUUUUGACCCAUCCACCUACGACAGCUACCUGAUUGAGCUUGUCCGCGAGGCUGGAGCGGUGGUGAUUGCAAAGACGAACACGCCGCAGACGAUGCUAGUAGCCGAAGCGCAUAAUAACGUCUUUGGACAAACGAGGAAUCCAGUCGUCUCGCAUCUGACUUGCGGAGGGAGCAGUGGAGGGGAAGGGGCAGUUCUGGCAUUCCGAGGCAGCGCGAUUGGUAUUGGGACUGAUGUAGGAGGGUCUAUUCGCGUCCCUGCAGCUGCUAAUGGAAUAUACGGCUUCAAACCCUCUUUUGGAAUUCUUCCCAUGCUGGGGUACGCCGCCUCCAACUGGGUUGGCAUGAACACUGGAAUUCCAGCUGUGUGCGGUCCUAUGACAAAUUCUGCCCGCGAUCUCAACCUUCUCUGUACCGUGGUCCGCGAGAAGAAACCAUGGCUAGGCGACCCAGCUUUGAUUCCACAGAUCUUUGAGCAUGAGCUGUCUGAUCGUCGUCCGAUCGUGGGUGUCAUCCAUAAGAGUGGAUUGACACCACAUCCACCAGUUGAACGAGGCAUAAAAGAAGCAGCUGACAAACUAGCCCAGGCUGGUUAUGAAGUUAAAGAAUUUACACCAGUUGAUUUUGCGGAGAUCCGCAAGGUCACAGCCGAAAUGUUCACGCUUGAUGGACUGUCAUAUCCCAAACAAGAGUUAAGCAAGGCGGGGGAGCCAGUGGUGGAAUCUGUGAGGAAAAUUGGCUUCUGGGAUAGACAGCCCAAGAAGCCCGAGGAAAUGUGGAGCUUGAAUGCACAGAAGUUGAAGAUGCAGAAGCAGAUGCUGGACCGAUGGCAGGAGGCCAAGGUGGACAUCGUGCUGUGUCCAGCUGGGCCACAUACAGCAGUGAAGCCAUCAGACUGGUCGAAUGACCAAUAUACGGUAGCAUGGAACGCAAUGGAUUACCCGGCUGUUAUUGUUCCUUUCUCGACCGCAGAUCCAGAGAAAGACCCGAAGAGGACCGAGUUCUCGCCUCUCUCAGAAACAGAUGCGCAGAUCCAGGCAUUGUACGAUCCUCAGCUAAUAGCAGGGGCCCCGGUAGCCCUGCAGUUCGUGGGACCUCGACUAAGCGACAGACAGCUGCUGAAGGACGUAGAGUUGAUCGAUCGAGUGCUGCGUGGUUAGACGGACAAUCUGCAUAUAAGCACUCCAAUAAAUAUAGACAUUCAUGGAUACCUUGAUACACUCAGCAUCGAUAUUCUGUGAUCGGCCAAGAAUCCAACAAACAGCAUAUUUCUGUAU